GCGGCGGGGUGGGGAGUGGCCCCAGGAUGGAAAACUGGCGAUGUAAUGUCACAGCACGUGCGACAGGAAGACUGACGUGGAGGGGCGCCCACGCGGGCGUCCUUUUUCUGAAUUUCCCCUUUUUCCUGCACGGGGACUGGACUCGGAGCCUCGCCGAGCUAGGCAAGCGCCCUAUCACCAAGCCCGCCUCCCUCGCUCACGUCGCAAGGAAAACAAAGCCCCUGCGCAGCCGCGGGGGCCCAGCCCCGGCCGCCUGCGCUCCGCGCGGUGCGCCAGGCCUCAGGACCGGAAGUCGGGCCUCCAGCCGGAAGUCAGACUGGGGCCGGAAGUCGGGCCUCGGGCGAGGGCUCCGGGCCGCGGCGGGGCCGUUAGGCGAGGGCUGCCGCGAGGCCGCGGCGGGGCGGCGGCGGCUCCGCACCGCGGGCUCCAGAUGGAGGCGGCGCCGGUCCCCGGGCCGGGGCUCUGCUGCAAGCCCGGCGGGCGGCUGGACAUGAGCCACGGCUUCGUGCACCACAUCCGACGGAACCAGAUCGCUCGGGACGACUACGACAAGAAGGUGAAGCAGGCCAGGGAGAAGGCGAGGAGGCGGCACACGCCCGCGCCCACGCGGCCGCGCAAGCCCGACCUGCAGGUGUACCUGCCGCGGCGCCGAGAUGGUUCUACCCACCCGGGCAACCCAGACUGUGAGGAGUCCGGUGAAAGCAGCAGUAGUGGUGGCUCCGAGCUGGAGCCUUCUGGCCACCAGCUCUUCUGCUUAGAAUACGAGGCGGACAAUGGAGAGGUCACGUCAGUUAUCGUGUAUCAGGACGAUGACCCAGGAAGGGUGAGUGAGGAAGUGUCAGCACACACGCCUCUGGAUCUACCCAUGCGAGAGGCCCUCAAGUUGCGUAUCCAGGAGGAGAUUGCAAAGCGCCAGAGCCGACCCUGACCAGGUUGAAGUCAUUCUCUCCAGGCCAGAAUCACUGCACUCGGAAGAAUUCCGACUAGUGAGCCCACCCCUGGUUUGGGGAUGCCAGAACUUGUCUGUCUGAUCUUGAGACCCUUAUGAGCUGCUACAUCCACAAGGGUGUUGCAGGGCUACACUUAGCCCACCUCCCUUGCAGCGAUUCUUGUCUCUUGGCUCAUUUGCCUGGCCAACUCUUGGAAUUUUUUGAGAAUUUUGUUUAGAUAAUUCUGGUGCUCUGGAAGCAGAGACCUCAGGGAGAGCCAGGGUUUAUAAAGCCUUUUGCCAAUAUGCUGCUGUCUCACUGAGGUCAUACGCCUGGCCAGCCACUCUGUGAGCCGUGUUUGUUGCUUUACAGUUCUUUUCUUUCAUGUUUCUGCUCAAUUUCCACCCAUAGUUUCCUAGGCCCCUCUCUGCCCCCUUUUAGGUUUUUCUCUUUUCUUCAUCUUUUUGCCUUAGAUGGAAUCCAUCAGUUCCUUCCACCCUACCCCUUGAUGUGACUGUGCACCUCCUCAGCUAAGGAUUUGGAGGUGAUAACUGCUUUUCUAUCAAGUUCUCCAAGUUUUUCUGGCACCAGUAAUACGGGAGAGACUGCUUUGGUUUUGAGGCCUGUCUCCUUCCCCUUGCAUGACUUCUUCCACAUUCCUUCCAUGCUCCACUGCUUUGCACUGUCUAGAUGGGACACCUAGGAAGAAAAUGCUGGAGUUAAACUCUUAGGAUAUCUCACAGUGAAACCUGCUUGGCAUGGGCUAAGCAAUCCCAGCUUUUGAUCCAUCCCCAGCUGUGAAUAGACUAAAGGGAAAUUGUCAAGACAAGGUAUUAAGUCCAGAACAGUUUUGAACAUAUGUGCAAAGUGAAAGCAUUAGUUUGGAGCCCCAGUUGAGAAGAAGUAAAUGAGCCCCCCUUGCCUGCCCCAUGCUUAUUCCUUUCCUACCUCCAAAGAGUGUGGAACUGAGUAUGUCUGAGAUUCUUGUAGAUCCCAGGAAUAGCACCUAGAGAAUUUUUAUUUUUCAGAAUGGUCCCAGGAAUCAAAUCCAGGUCCUCUUGCAAGCCAGACAGCACUCUACUGCAGAGGUACAUCCUAACACAGGGUUGGACUGAGAGGACGGGGUGCCACUCAGUGGUAGGUGACUGCCUCCCUGCACAGGCCCUGGGAUCAGUCCCCAGCACCACACUGGGAGUGGGGGUGUGGUGGCACGGCUAAGAUCUGAAGUAUACAAGACAUCCUGUGCACCCAAGUUCCAAAGCACCUCAGUUUCCCAGCACAUCAGUCUGAAAUCAGCUGAACGAGGAGUGGGCGUGAGCCUGCGAGCACUGAGACUCCCUGAAGCCAAAGCCCCCUGCCCCAGGGGUUUCUGUGUAGCAGGGUCUCAAGAUCAGUCUGACUUCCAUCUCAACCGCUUUUCCCUUAAAGAACACCUGAGGGUACUGUUGGUUUGUGUCCUCUGCCCCUGGAAACUGACCCUUUGAAAAUGGGCAAGGCAGCUCCUUCAGCUGCACCAUGACCACAUUACCCCUGGGCCACAGCUGGCAGCGCCAGGAGCACUGAGAGCCAGUGAGGGGUGAGUGAGAAGCCUGUGCUCCAGACCCACGUUGCUGGCCCAGGGUUAAGUGCCUUCAGCCUGCAGUCCCAGGCUCAGUUCUGCUUUUAGAGGAGAAAGUCCCUGACCUCUACUUAUGCCUCUAGCUAGAAAGUGCCUUUGAACCUGGAAGGUCAGCUACCCUCCAGCUCCUCCUGGGCCAGGAGGGCCCUGCCAGACUCUGCCCACUUCUUCCUGCAGGAAAAGGACCAGUCUUUUUAGUCUUCCAACUUUUCAACUGAUCUGUGACUUGAAACAUGGGCUCUCACUGGAACUCUGGCUUCCUAAUUGAGGCAGGGGGGUCAGCUCACAGCUGGAUUACCUAUUUCCUGGCUUUAUAAUAGAACAUAGGAAGAGGGUUCCAAGAGGACUUGGGGGGCAGGGCACCUGAAACUUUAGCCUCCAUUCCUGCUCUUGAGGGAAGAGGUAAAAGAAGGCAGUGUUUAGUAAUUGCCUGCUGUGUCCUUUUAUGCGUUUGCCGUGUGAUCCUCACAAAGGCCCCUCGGGCCUUUAGAAACUUCUUAAUUUUAAUCCUAUUUUCUUGAGGCACUUUGUUUAUCAAGGGCAUGUAUUUCCCACCCAUGAAAGUAUUCUAACACAUGUAUGACUCUCAGUGUGACUAAAUAAAGUGCUGCCUGUACUUCAGUGAGAGGUGGUCCUUCAGAGCUGCCUCAGCUCAGCCCCACUGCUUGCCAUCACCCUUCAUCUGGGGCCAGGAUGGUGCCAUCCAGCCUUAGACCUGCCUCCAGACAGCUUGCACCUGCGUCAGACACUGGUGCUUCGCCCUCAGGGAGCAUGGCCACCGCAUCUCUUGCAGGUUCUUGGGCUGUCCGGAAGAGGACCACCCUCUGCUGUGCAGUGCAGGGGCAGCAGCCUUAGGCUGAAUGAAACCUCAGCAGGCUACUUCAGGAGGAGUACGCAUUUGACUAGUUGUGUUCUUGGUGUCUUAAAGAAAAAUGUGGUGGGCAUCUCUUGUCCAUUUGGUAUGGAGUGUCCCUCCCUCUGUUCUUAACUGAGGUUAAGACUGAAUUUUAAGGCUUCUGUUUCCUGGCCACAAAGGGUGGUCACUAAUAGGCAGAGGCUGGCAUGCAAGGUCUCGGUACUGUGCAGAGGUGAACAGUGAAGCUUCAGUCCUAGCCCCCUGGUAAGCCCGGGGACCUUUGAAUGCGGCGCAAGAGAAGAGAGGGCCGUGUGUGCAUGAGCUGGGAACCCCAGCCCCUCCAGCCAGUGGGGCCAGCACUGCUGAAGGGACACCACCAGCUGGAGAUGAGCACACAGUGUGGGAGCAGGCUCUUUGGGGGGCGGCAGGUGCCCAGCUUGCUGUAAAUUUGGCAGGAUCCAUGAACUCAGGGUGCUGGGUCCCCUGAUGGCUCACAAUUUAAAUGAGACCUUUGCUUAUGGAAAGAGGAGUAAGGAUGGGUUCCUCUCCUACCUCUGAACUUUUUGGGAGAAUCAUCAUGGAGUGCUGACACAUAUUUGAAAGUUUAACUCCCCCAAAUUCCUGUCUAGGAAUCACAUGACCAAGAAGCCAUAGGGCCCACCCCAGGUUUCUCUAGUUGAAGUGAGGCUAGGAGUGAGAACUGCGGGUGAAUGGCUCCCCUGCCUACUGGGAGCCGGCAGAGCAAGGCAGGCUGCACUGGCAGGGUCGCAGUGCCCAGUGCAGAAAAGCCGUGGUUCUGUCUUCUGGUUCUCAGCGUUUGCGCUGAUGUGGGUGAGCAAAGCAGUGUGCAAACUAUUUGAAAGUCCCAGAUGGAAGACACUUCAAAAGCUGUAUUUUUUUAACCAAUAAACUGUUUACAACACUUUUA